CUUCGCGCUUCCGGGGCAGCAGAGAAGGCGCUGCUGGUGCUACAGCAGUCAUUCUCGCCGGCCCGGGCUUUAUUUCCUCCUGCUCGGAGGCGGCUGGGGCUGACUCCCCGCGAACACCAGCCCCUUUCCCGACGAGGCAGGCUGGCUGAGCCGCCUCUCGCUUUCUCUGGCGUGUCGGCUCAGCGCUUUCCCUCGCUGCCGAGAGCGGCUGGCCCGCUCCCACGGCCCCGAAGAGGAAGAGGAGGAGGAGGAGGGCUCAGUACGCCCGCCGCCGCCCCCUUCUUUCUCUCAGGUUCCGAGGCUGCAGAACCACCCGUUCAGUUUGAGGAUUAACCCUUAUUGUGUUUUGAGAAGACGCCGCCGCGAUGCAGCCCUCUCUGCACGCUGCCUCGGAAGUCCAUCCCACCGGGUUCGGUCGGCCUGGGGCUUACUCCCAGAUGUUUCCCUUAGUGCUGGAAUGCAUCUAGUUGGCAGUCUUUCAGCUCUUAUUUCUCAUUCCAGGAAUGGAAAGUGCAUUUGGGCCAAAUCUGUAAGCUGCACCUGAUAGGAGUCUAGACUAUCAAGAAGGAAUAUUUCUUCCCUGAUUGAAGCAAAAUGAAUGAGCAUCCAAAGAAGAGGAAAAGGAAGACUCUACAUCCCUCACGUUAUUCAGAUUCUUCAGGCGCACCCAAAUAUAUAGACAACAGUGGCAUAUUUUCUGACCAUUGUUACAGUGUGUGUUCUAUGAAACAACUAGAUUUGAAAGCUUCUGAUAAUCGAGGCAGAUUUCCUACUACAGCACACACCACAGAUACUGAUGAGGAUGGCAGCCCAGUGCAUGCCGGGACAUCUCAGUGGAGUGGGGCCCAGUCCGACGUCAUGGGGUCACACUUUACAGACCCUAGAAAGAAAGAUAAACCAGCCAAUAAUGGGAUUUAUAAAGAGACAUGUGAAUCACCUAUCUUCAGUGACAGCUUAACUGAAGAGGAGAAGCCUCUGGAUAUUCAAACAGUAGAAAUUUCCACUACUGAAGUCCAGGCUGUGGAAGUUCAUGAUAUAGAAACUCAGACCAUUUCCCCUGAGAAGCUUGAAGCAGAGGAUGCCGAGGAAAUCCCCGUUGAAAGCUGCAAAGUGCUGGAGAAGAACUCUCCUUUGAAUGUCACCAUUCAGCCCAAAUGGCCUUUGCUGCGGGCUAACAGCAGCGGCAUGUACAAAUGUGAACGGUGCUCUUUUAACAGCAAGUAUUUUUCAGAUUUAAAGCAGCAUAUUGUUCUGAAGCAUAAAACCUGUCCUGAGGGCAACAUCUGUCGAGUGUGCAAGGAGAGCUUCUCCUCAAAAAAGGUGCUUAUCGAACACUUAAAAAUCCAUGAGGAGGACCCCUACAUCUGCAAGUACUGCGAUUACAAAACGGUGAUGUUUGAGAACCUGAGCCAGCACAUUGCGGACACCCAUUUCAGUGACCACCUUUAUUGGUGUGAGCAGUGCGACGUCCAGUUCUCCUCCAGCAGUGAGCUCUACCUCCACUUCCAGGAGCACAGCUGCGAUGAGCAAUACCUCUGCCAGUUUUGUGAGCAUGAAACCAGCGACCCGGAGGACUUGCACAGCCACGUGGUGAACGAGCACGCCGGCCGUCUGAUCGAGCUGAGCGACAGCUACCACAGCAGGCAGCAGCAGCAGGGCCACUACAGCCUGGUCAACAAAAUCAGCUUUGACAAGUGCAAGAAUUUCUUUGUGUGCCAAGUGUGCGGCUUCCGUAGCCGGCUUCACACCAACGUCAACCGGCACGUGGCGAUCGAGCACACCAAAAUAUUCCCCCACGUUUGUGAUGACUGCGGAAAGGGCUUCUCGGGCAUGCUGGAAUACUGCAAGCAUUUGAACACUCACAUAUCCGAAGGGAUUUAUCUGUGUCAGUAUUGCGAGUAUUCCACAGGGCAGAUUGGGGACCUCAAAAUUCAUUUGGACUUCAGGCAUUCGGCUGAGUUGCCUCAUAAGUGCACCGAUUGCUUGAUGAGGUUUGGCAAUGAAAAGGAUCUCUUAAGUCAUCUUCAGACGCACGAAACUGCUUGAUUCCCACUCCUGCACAGCUUAGAAUAUUCAAAUUAAAAUGUAAUUUUUACUUGUACUGUCCUAAAGUCAAACCACAGAAAAAUAUUCUCCACCCUCUUCAGCUCUCUUGGCUCACUAGGAGAGGUUCAUUUCACCCACACUUGUGCAGUCCAGUGUGUGUUCCUGUUCAGUAAUAUACCCUGACCACAGUGGAACCCAGUGCAUUCCUUGAUGAUGCAGUGGUGCUACUGUGACCUAGUAUGGUUAGACUACAGGCAGUCCAGCUGACACUCUUGAGGUUAUGCACACACACAUACAUGCUCACUGACCAGUGUUCCCUCUAACAGGGAUUCCCAGAUGUUGUUGACUACAACUCCCAGCAUCCCCAACUGCAAUAGCCUUUGCUUGGGGAUUAUGGGAGUUGUAGUCAACAACAUCUGGGAAUCCCUGUUAGAGGGAACACUGUCAUUGAUGUGCACACACUGCUUCAAAACCUUUCAGCUUCAUCUUACUGCUCACAGGUUAUUCAAUACGAUUGUAAAAAUGUAAGUGCAAUAGAUGGUUUAAUCUCUGCAUUUUUUUAAAUCUGUGAGCUCCUGGAUUUCUACAGAUAGGAGAUAAAUGAUAAAUGCACCGUUGUAUCCAGCUGUUGAGUCUAGUGUGUGUGUGUGUGUGUGUGUGUGUGUGUGUGUGUGUGUGUGUGUGACUGAACUUGUUAACGUGUAAUAGCAUGUACAAUUGAUGUCUGACAACCAAACAUAACAUCCUUUUUGUACCUAUGGAAGGAAAUAAACUUAGUAUCCAGAUAAUAUUUUACAUCACUGUGUUCAUAUUACUGUUACAAUUAAACAGGAUGAGCAUGUGUGUUUUAAAGCUGAA